AAACGUGCAUGCUUUCAGGCGCAACAGAUGUUAGCAACGAUGCGCAACCGACCACGUGCUCGAGCCGGCAAGCUAAAGCCAUUUCCCAGGGCUACGCGAAGUCUGGGUCAAGUUCAUUUGUCUCCUGUGUAUGGCCUUGUUGCGUCGAGAGGCGUUACGUCUCCAAACGACCGAUCGUUUGUUAAAUCGAUGAAUAUUUUCUUUCGCGCUGUGAAGUUGAGGAGGAAGUCACGUUGCUCGUUAUCUGAGUUUGCAAUUUAUUGGGAAUCUGAAGUAAAGUGAGUUUAAUUGCAAGAAGAUGGAGGUUAUGGAAGAAGGCAAUCUCAUGGAUAGGAUUCCGAUCCUUCUCCAACGAGAUUUGCAGUAUUACGAGGCCAACCAAAAAGUGCUGCAGGAGAACAUCUGUCCCGGAGUCGUCGGCGGCAAGUUGGACUUCCCCCGGUCUGCAUCCUUUGCAUCGGUUAAGAUAGUUGUCUGGUUGGAGGACGAGUACUUUGCUGCCUACAGGAAGAACUCGGGACUACUACAUCUAAGCGAUGUGCUCCAGGAUCACCAGGGGAAGGAAUCCGACGAAGCGGCCGGAUGUGGCGGCAUAGUUAAGUCUUCGGAUCCGGAGAAGUUUGUACUGUUGGUGGUCAAAUCGGUGGACAACCUGCUGGAACACAUCCACACGCUGUCCCAGGAAGCUCUGGAUCACGCUGACCUAACUGUGCUGACGGCAACUAUUGGGGCCGCUGCGCUGGUCAAGAACAGCCUCUUCGUCUGGCUGGGAUGCGUUACCAAGAACGUCUGUCCACCCAAGGGCGAUGAGAAGGGCGGUUCUCUCAAAAUGAGCUACAAACAAUUCUCCGAGAUGACGGAGGCUUUGGCUGAACGAUUGCUCGAUCUUCACUGCCGUCUGCUGACCUUGUACAUCAUCCAGGACGCAGAUUGUCUCCACUGGGAAAGUCAACAUCCGUUUUUCGAAUCGGAACGUGGAUCGUACACCAUCCAGAUGUGGUGGCUGUACAUGCAAGGAACCAAACAGGACUUGUGGAACUCCGUUCCACCGACGAUGGCUCAACGGGUGUUCGCCGGAAUGCUCAACGAGACACUCACAGUUCUGACAGUUCGCUACACGCAGACCGUGCCAAGUCGGGCUCGGUCCAUGCUCCUCCUGGUGGACGUUUCAAAUAUCUUGCUCUGCGUUGGUGAGCUUCUACCGGCAAUCUGCGAGAACGGUGAAGGAUUCGUUGGGCUCAACAUCACUAACCAGAGCAAGAUCAUUCGAGAUAUUCAUUCCAAGUGUCAGGAACUGUUCUGCUGUUUACUACUUCGUGGCGUACCCCUCGGGGUGCUCUACAAGAUUACCAAGAAGGGCGUCAACUCGAUCGCCAUGUUCAACCAGCGUCAGGGAUUGAUCACUCCUUGGACGAUCUUCGCCCUACCUAAGCUAUUCCCUACGAAUCAAAACGGUCACUGGGCAACUCGCUGUUCAGAGCUGCCGACCAAUACGGCACUGUCAUUGGAAUUGAAGGUCCUGCUGGCAGCUCCCCAAGCGAAUUGGUGGCUUCUGUUGAAAGUUCUCCUGAUGCGAGAAGCGCACCUCUCCUCGAUGAUCUUCCAUCACUUGAUCAAGAACUUGCCGACGUGCGACAACUACAUUCCAAGCUCAAAACAACCGUCGAUCAACCGCGAGAGUAUGUCCAAGAAGUGCGAAGGCUUUCUUUGCGGUAUGGAAUGCAACGACAUCGUCCAGUGGUCAUUGGAGCAAAAGGACCCGAUCGGGCAAACCAACUAUCAAGUGCUGAUGGGCCUGACGUACAUCGUUAUCAUGGCUGGCAAGACCUCAGACGUCAACAAAACGCUGAUCUCUGCCCUGGAGAAAAGCAAGCUAAACGACUGGGCUUCCUGCCUGGACAGACGCCAAGUCUGGAACCAGAAGCGUCCCCCGUGGCUGGAGGCCAUCCUGCAUCUGAUCUACCCCAUCUUGAACCCCAUCAUUCACAUGUUGGUCUCGGCGGUCCAAACCACCGCAAGCAUCUACCAAGCCAUGUCCCUUUCCCUGUCCUGCUUCUCGGAAAUGUGGGACUGCAUUCCGGACUGUCUCUACACGGUCAUCAGCUGCUUGACGGAGAUUCUGCCAGCCGAGAUCAGACCUCUGGGUGAUUCGGUUCUCAUACAGCUUCUCUACAUGGCCCUCUACUCCAAGUUGCUGGAGGCGUCCGAGAGCGAAGCCGAAGCGGAGCUAAAAGAACAAAAGGAGAACAAAGAUUCCACCACUCCACCGACUCCAGCCAUGGAAGGCCCGGUAUCGACGAUCAACAUGAAGCCACGAUCGGUCAUAUGUCAAACGCUGGCCGAGGCGAUCUGCUUCAUCGACGAAGACAACAAACACACCGAUCAGAUCAACUCGCUGAUCAACCAGGCUCGCGAGAGUCAACGGUCCACCAACACGCUGGAAAACGAGAUGGAGGAGGCCGUUGGACUGAGCUUCGCGAGCACUUCGAAGAUUGACGAACUGGACGCGUUCAUUCAUCCUUCGCCGAGCGUUCGCUCUGAGGAGGAGUUCGACGUGGAGAACGCUGAGUACAUAGCUGAAAUGCUGGUCAGUGACGUUCUGAUGACCGGCGUGGGUAAGCUUAGCAUGAAGAUGAUCUACCAAUACAUUCGGAAGAACUUCGAGUGGAUUCUGCAGCAACUGGGAGUCAGCGACGUCCUGGUUAACCCGUUGCAGCCCAGUCCGGGGCAGAACAUCAAGGAAAACCAGCAGAGCCUGAUCGACAUCAUGUUCCACAUCGGCAACCAGUCGUUCGAUCAACUGCUGAGCGGCCAGCUGGAUAUCGACUACAACAGUUGGUUUCAGACACCGAUGUCGAUGAGCGCGGAGAAGGCCUGGCUGCAGGUUUCCCAGCGGUGGGAGUUUCAACCGACGGCAAAGCUUUCGGUCCACGAAGCGCUCAUGGUGUCGUUCAUUACAUCGCAGCUGAAGCCUUGAAUGGGGUGUUUCUAGAGAUAAAUGGGAAUCGCCGCGACAUC